AUGGAGGAGGACGCAAACGGAACCACAGGGUCCAUCGGAGGUCUGGGCUACUGGAAACAGAACCUCUAUCUUCUCCAAGAGCGAGCUCCCAAACCAAUUCCAGUACUUUGUACUCGCAAAAUUGAGAAUCGACCUCCACAAUAUGGCAACGAAUUCCAUGGUUUGAUUGAUAGAGUCGAGGCCGAGCGCAUGUUGAUGGAAGUUGGUGAAGGUGCUUUUUUGGUACGAGAAUCUCGUCGAUCUCAAGAUGCCUUCACGCUUUGUAUGAUGUUCGAUGGUCGUGUGCUAAAUUACAAG